AUGCACACGGGCAGGCUCUUUCUCAAACGGCAGAUUGCUGCUGUGCCGGAUGCAAACCAACGGAGCCUCGUUCGCUGGUCGGUGUGCGGAAUGUGGGACGAGCGCGAGUGGGAUUGCUGGUGGGAAACUGUAUGGUUGUGGGAUGGGAUCAAUCUCAGGCUUCUCAAGACAAACGAAGCAUUUUUGGCGCCAUCUUGGGGCUCUUGGAACGGGCCGGCGAACACAAGCGACCAUAUAGGCGCAUGUCUGGCGGCAACAGGACGAUCCCGUGGCUUGCUUCGCAGUGUGGUGGUGUGUAGGGCGGGCACCUUGGUGUGUGCGUGGGUGAAUGCGUUGACUGCAUGUGGUGUAAAGUGA